AUGAUUCCUACAGCUAAUGCAGACGGCUCUACAGCGUGGACAACUGCCACAGGGGCUAAACCGUCCUUGGCCGUUGUAGCAGAUCACUUUUUGUCUAUGGUGGAAUUUGCACAGGUGGUACCCCGGAUGAUAUCCACAUUAGAGGAAUAUGACUGGCCCAUUCAACGAGUAACCAUGUUAGCUCGGUUUUGGGGCACAGUGAUGCUGCACCGUUACUGGAACUCCAUAGACACCAUAGCUCAACGAGCAAUUCUAAUAUAUCAA